AGUUAUUCAUUUGAUGGCAUUCUUUUUUCUAUACUACUCUGCCUUUUAUUGUUUUCUGAAGUAUUAAAAAAAGUCUAAACCAUUGAGUUAACGAAAAAAUCUAAACAAUCUUUGUUUUUUCUCCUCGUUUCUUCCCCUUCGCUAUUUUGCCUUCUUCAAUAACAUUUUUCUUGUUUUUAAAUCUUUCUUUCUUAAAUUUUUAGUAAAACUAAAAUUUUCUUAAUUUCUUCAUUGAUGAACCCUUUUUCGUUUUUUCAUCAGGAAAAUCGUAGACCUUUUUAGAUAAAGUUGCUAUAGUUUGUUUUCUAUAUAUUUCUUUACAUGUUUAUCGAUAAAUUUCUGAUACAAGAACCUGCAAAAAACAUGCAUGAUCAUGAAAGUUUCAAGAUGAACAUUUGUUAUUUUCUCAAGAAAACUAUGGAUUCUUGAGCUAAAUAUAUGGUUCUCCUAUUCAUUUUUUCAUCAUCCCUUUAAUUUUGAAGAGUUUUAUGGUCACAAAAUUUUGUAAAUAUAAAGGUCAUUUUUGUAGUUUUUUUACUGGUUUAUUAAGCUACGAAAUUUGGAUAUUUUCAAUAUAUGCUCGUUCGUUGAUCUUUUGCUCCUUUCAUCGUUCAUUCGUUUUGUACAAAUAAAACAAAAACUAGGAUAAAGAUUUGGUUUCCACAAAGAGAAGAGAUCUAUGCAACUCGCAAUGUCAAGUACCAAGAUGAAAAGCCUCUUGAAAGGCCUCCGAUACAUAUCUCAAGUUUUUGCAAUAGAAAGUGAAAAGGAACAAGAGAUGCAAAUCGGAAAUCCAACGGACGUAAAGCAUGUUGCCCACAUUGGUUGGGAUGGACCUUCAGAUAAUGCCACUGCACCUAGCUGGAUGAACGAUUUCAAGAGUUCUCCUGGAAUGGAAUCAACAACUCAAUUAUUUGGAGAAGACGAUUCCUCAGUGAAAUGUCAAUCAGAGUUUGGUGGUCGGUCCAGAGAUUUACCAAAACUACCAAAAUCCACGAGAAAAUCAUCAUCUGAGAAAGGUUCUCCGACAAAAGAAAAAUCAGACAAGACCAAACGUCGAACUUCAAACAAAGGCACUUCAUCGUCUAGGAGAACCAAAGACGAAGAUUCUACCUCAUCGUCUAGGAGAACUAAAGACGAAGACUCUUCUUGGUCUCAACAUAGUGUUGGAUUACCAGAGAUUCCAAAGAAAUCAAAGAGGAAGAAAUCUAAAGAAGGUGGUAAUGGAGGGUCUUCAAGAUCGUCUCGAAUAUCAGAAGCUGAUAAAAUGUCGGAUUAUAUGUCAGAUACUGGCUCCGUUAGAUCUAUACCUCAAUUCGAAGACGACAGAAAUGGGUUUUGAUUUUCAUUUUCGUAAUUAAAAAAAACACAAGAGACUUUUAAGUUUUGUAAUAGUAAAGAAAUGUUGUAAAAAUUGUUGAAGAUAAUCUAAUCAGAAGUAAUUUCAUUCAUUACCAGAAGAAA